UACUGAAGGUUAUAAUUUUAAACCACAGCCCGUGGAAGAUUCAAUGCAAAACAAUCCUAGUGACGAUUCGCAAUAUGCCAAUAAUCCCGAAGCUCCAAGAACUCCCGAAAAUAAUCCUAUAGACGAUUCCAUCGCAGUUGGUUUAACCUAUACUGAUCCUAAUGAAAUCAACGACAAAAGUAAUACUAGUUGCAAGAACACAGCUAGUUAUCACGAUCAGCUGGCUACGAAUAUUUACAAUAUUUUGGACGAAAAAACUGUAACGCCUCUAGAUGAAAAUAGGAGUGAGAAGAAUCUCCAACCUAUAAAGGCAAAGAAUAGAAAAGAGUACACGCACUAUGGCAAGAGCAAAAAAAUGGUCAAAUCGCAGAGUAAUGGCAGAAGUAAAAAGGAUUACAGUGCUCACACAACUAAUGAUACGCAAUCGAACACCGUGGAGGAUCUAGAAUUGGUUGCGCAUACGUGCUACUAUUGUUCUGAGUCCUUUGAAACCGGAAGAGACCUCGACGUUCACCUAUCGACGCACAUAAAACUCCUUCCAUUUACGUGUUCCGAUUGCCAUACGGCCGAAUAUCCGAUGGUGUGCACUACGCUCAUCUCGAUGAACCGCCAUCUCCAGAGUCACUUCUAUCCAUACCGCUGUCCGAACUGUCCGAAACGUUUUCUGAAGCAACGAUCGGCUUACAUUCACGUCACUCAAGAGCAUACGGCAGAAACAAAUCCGGAAGGUCACAAAUGUGAACGCUGUGGUGCAACUUUCAAGCGUUCGCAUCUUCUACAGCGCCAUCAGCGGACACACGAAGCGGAAGAUUCGGGACGGUUUCGGUGUGAGUACUGUAACCGGGCUUUCGGUACUGGAACGUGCCUGCGGAGACACCUGCGCAUCCAUACGGGAGAAAAACCAUACGCUUGCGAGUUCUGUGACAUGCGGUUCAACCACGAGCACAACUUUACCAACCACAAACGGCUCCAUCUGGGGGAGCGCAUACACUCGUGCGAGGUGUGCCAAAGAUCGUACACGACCGGUACCGCCUUGCGUAUCCACAUGGCCGACCACUUUCCAGACGAUCCACGCUACGGUCGGCGACAGAACCAAAGGUCAUCUCCAAAGAAACACUAUCCGGAAACGUUGCGUGCCUUUUCUCUCGACGGGGUCACGAUAACGCAUACGGCAGAUGGCCAGCGGCAGUACCAAUGUGCCAUGGAAGCAGACUGCCAGUAUGCGACGAUUGAUUAUCAUAGAAUUAUCUACCACCGCCAGUGGCACUCCAAACAAUUCGAGUGCGAUCGCUGUGGCAAGCAAUUCACGGUAAGGGCCAAGCUUUCCGCUCAUAUCAAAACGGUGCACGAAAACCAGCGUACCGAACAGCCCCGGAAUCAUCUAUGCUCCCACUGUGGGAAAGCGUUUUCCACGCCGCACAGACUGCGGCAGCACAUGGAUGUGCACCUCGGGAACAAACAUUACCAGUGUCGGCACUGUGGGAAAGAGUUUGUGCAAAAGUCGAAUUGGAAGGUUCAUCAGCGCGUCCACACUAAGGAGAAGCCAUUCUCCUGCAGCUUGUGCAUGAAGUUAUUCGCCACUGUGAGCGGGUUACGGUUGCAUUUUAGGCGGCAUAAGGAAUCCGAUGGUGGAGCACCGAAUGACGAUGGAUCGCCAACCGAUCUAUAGCUGAUACGACGCUAGAAAUUAUUGAAACGAUAGAUUAACUAAGUGCUUUGUUGAAACAUAA